AUUUGCAUUUGAUCAUUUUCUAACAAAACAUGAACGAAUCACAGAGCAGCCUUUUAUUGAAGGCCAAGAACGCUUCCAAUCUCUUGGAGUUGCAUUCUACAGAGAUGCUGAUUGCUGUGUGUUGGUCUACGAUGUCUCCAAUUGGAAUUCGUUCCUCCAGCUUGAUUCAAAAAUGGAUGAGUUUCUUCAUCACUGCGAUCCACCCAAACUAGAAAUAUUCCCCUUCAUAGUAAUCGGAAUGAAUAUGAAUCAGAGCGAAAGAGUUGUAGGAGCAAGGAGAGCGCAGCAGUGGUGUCAAAAUCAUCACAAUAUUCCAAAUUUCGAAGUAGAUGCAGAUGAUGUCAGUGCAGUUGAUAAUGCCAAGAACGCUUCCAAUCUCUUGGAGUUGCAUUCUACAGAGAUGCUGAUUGCUGUGUGUUGGUCUACGAUGUCUCCAAUUGGAAUUCGUUCCUCCAGCUUGAUUCAAAAAUGGAUGAGUUUCCUCAUCAUUGCGAUCCACCCAACCCAGAAAUAUUCCCCUUCAUAGUAAUCGGAACGAAUAUGAAUCAGAGCGAAAGAGUUGUAGGAGCAAGGAGAGCGCAGCAGUGGUGUCAAAAUCAUCACAAUAUUCCACAUUUCGAAGUAGAUGCAGAUGAUGUCAGUGCAGUUGAUAAUGCCAUGUUUAUGCUGGCGAGAAGAACCCUCCAGCAAGAAAAAGAUAUGCAAGAAAAAGUUAUGCAAGAAAAAGAUAUCCCAACAUCGUCACAAAAAAGGAAUCGAUUGAAUUACAGAAUUAAUUGUAAUUUUAUUCCGAUUAAUUUUGACUACAUGCCCUCAAUUUAAAUGUCCGAAAAAUAUCCAGACAAAAUAAUCAACUUUCAUCAGAUAAAUCAAACCAAUUUUUUUUUCAUAAAAAAUCAGUUGUAAAAGAUUAAUGGCUUUAAAUUCAAUUACUGAAGUUUUUUUUGUCAACAUGUUCUGAUCAUGAUGAAACAUUAUUUGAUCGAUUACUAAUGCUUGAAGUGGAUGCAAGAUUGAAUGAAGUUACUAGACUCCGGCGGAACUGCAAAGUUUGAGAGCAAAGUCGUAUGCCAAUUUUAAUCAACCAACUUAUUAACACUUGCAUUGUGAACCAUCA